AUGGCGCUCCCUCGCAGCGUCGCGCCGCGCCCGUCGCUCCUCAAAAUCUGCGUCGUCGCGCUCCUCGCAACAACCAGCGACGCCGCGAAGAAGAAGAAGAAGCGUAAGGCCGCGGGUCCGCCGGCGAAGGUCGCCGAGCUCAGCGAGUGCGCCGCCUGCGAGAACUGGGCGAGCGACGCGACGGCCUUCGUGCGCGCCAAGGUGCGCCACCGCCUCAACCCGCCGCCGGCGCCGGCGCCCGGCGAGCCCGUGGGCCUCGAGCCGACCUGGAAGAUGCGCCUGAACCGCACGUGCCGGAGCCCGCGGCUGCCGUGGUGCGAGUCGUGGCGCGUCCACGAGAACGCGGCGCUCAUCGCCGAGCUCCAGGACCUGAGCGACGCCGCCGACGACGUCAAGGACUCGUCCAUCGACGUGCUGAGCAUCCAGAGGGCUUUAUGCGCGCACGACGGCCCCGUGCGCGCGUGCGGCAAAAACCACAAGUUCAAGAAGCGGAGCUCGCCGCACGCGGUCGACGUCGCCUUCGCGAACCGCAUACCGAAAAAGAGCGCCGCCGUCUACUGGCUCGCGCCGGGCCUCGACGUCGCCAAGGAGUCGGCGAACGCGGCGAACCUCCGCGGGACGCUCAACGAGGGCGCCCAGAUGACCGAGGACUCGUUCAAGGGCCACCGCUACAAGGUCGUCGUCGACGGCCAGGCCUGGCUCGACGGGCCCAUCGUCGACGUGCCCGAGGGCCCCUUCGUCGCCUACUCCAUCGAGGCGAACCCCAGGUGGGUCCCGGCGGGCGUGCCGGCGCUCGUCCCCGCGAAGGGCGCGAAAAAGCCCGCGGGCUGGGACGACGCCGAGGACGGCGACUGGGCGCCGCCCAUGGUGGCGAACCCCGCCUUCGCGACGAACACGCAGUACCGCCUCAAGCUCCUCACGGAGGCCGAGCUGUAA